AUGGUUCAAAUUUGGAAAUUGGGCCUAAUUAGUUAUGACACGGCUUUAAAAAUUCAACUAGCCCUUGCAAGGAAACAUUUGGAUGCGAUAAUGAACAGACAAAAUGUUAACUAUGAUACGCUUCUCUUAGUUGAACAUAAACCGGUGUAUACCGUUGGUAUUAGAGAUCAAACACCAAAAGACGAAAUCCUAAGGCUACGAGCUUUAGGGGCAGAAUUCAGGAAAACCAACAGAGGUGGUCUUAUUACAUUUCAUGGCCCUGGGCAGUUGGUUGUGUACCCUGUUAUAAAUUUGAAAAAUUACAAAGCAAGUGUCAAAUGGUAUGUGAAUAGCUUAGAAGAAACUGUGAUCAAGCUAUGUGAAGUGUUAGGUGUCAAAGCGAACAGGUCACCACAUACAGGUGUAUGGGUAGGUGACAACAAGAUUGCAGCUAUUGGAAUACAUGCCUCAAGAUAUAUUACCACACAUGGGAUCUCCCUGAAUUGUGAUAAUGAUUUGUCAUGGUUUAGCUAUAUCAAUCCUUGUGGCAUACCUGACAAAGGUGUGACAUCGCUUAGUAAAGAGACAGGAAUGAAACAUCCCAUUGAAAAUAUAAUCCCAAAAUUUUUAUGUAGUUUUGAGAAAGUUUUUAGUUGUAAGUUUGAAGAAAUGGAGACAAAGGCACAAGAAGAGAUUUUAAAUAGUGUAUAUAGUAAAUUAAUGUUGGACUGUGUUCAACAGUAA